CGGACCGGUGGAGCCAGCUCGGGGAGGCUACGCGUGCGCGUGGAGGCGGAGAAGGCAGAGCCGCACGCGGCCGCGGAGGCGCCCGCGGGAGUCGAAACCACAUGCCCCCAAGUCGUCUCCCCCAGGGCGACUCGGGCGACGACGCAUCUCGAUCGCGGACGGAGUGGCGCACGGGGGCGGGCGGAGAUGUCGUGGGCGAUGCACGAGUAGGGCCUCGAGGGCCCGCUGCCCCAUCGCCUUCCCCGCAUCGCCAAGGACGAUUGGGCUGUUUGCCGGGUGUUCAACAAAGACUUGGCGGCUGCGAAGAAUACGCCCCACCAGAUGGCGCCGUCGGUGGACGGGGCCAUGGAUGAGCCGCUUGCCUUCCUUGAUGUCGAUGGCUUCGCCAACUAUGAUGAAUUGCUCAACAACGCAGUCCUGCUCGACAACUCCGACCUGUCGAUGCUCAUGGACUCUCGGUCUGGAGCCGACGACUUCACUGCCCGCGCUUCGAGUUCCACCUCCAGCGAUGCUCUGCCGCUUGAGCCGGACACGGAGCAUCGAACUAUCAAGGCGGAGCCACCUAUGCCGCAGCAGCAGAUGCAGAGCCCCAACUACUUCUUCAUGCCGGCGGCGACGGCCAACGGAAACCAUGGCGGCGCCGGGUACUCACCCUACCAGGAAGCCAUGUGGGACCAGCAGACCGCGAUCCGCAGGCACUGCAAGCCGGAGGCGGCGUCUUCGUCGGCGCUGCUCAGCCCUUCGCUCGGCUUCUUUGUCACGGGCGCUCUCGCCGGCGCCGCCGACACCUCGUUCCCGAUGCCGUCGUCGCUGUCGUACGUCGAUCUGGAGGAGCUGUGCCAGGGCGAGCCUCUCAUGGACUACUCCAACAUGUGGUAGACCUGAAAUCUAUCCAUCCAUCUAUCCGAUGUACUGCUGGAUCGUCUCCAUUUGCUUGAUGGUAGCUAUAGAUGGUUAAUUUGAUUGGUGCUAGCUCGUGGAUUGAUUAGUCGCUUCAUUAACUUUCAAUCAAGGAUCGGGUUAAUUA